AUGUCCAACAAUGUGUUGAUUAAAACCCUAGAGGGCCUGUGCCUGGAUUCGGGUUAUAUGGCAGGGGAGAACUGCCCGUCACUCAGCCUGUCCUCGGGCAGGUCGGGGCACUCGCAGCCAAAUUUGAACACACCUCACCGGGGUCCUUGCUGGCAGCACGCCGGCUCCCUGUACAGCAGAAACGGUAGCUGGGACACUGUGAGCACGCUGCCGGAGGACGUGAUAGAUAUCCUAACGAAAUGCCCCUUUCUGCCCGAGCUGGAGGAGUAUCCCUGGAUCGAACAGGAGCUGCUGGAAGUUGUGCGUAAAGUUGCCCGCACGCGUGCGUCAUACACGAGGGAAGCGGUCCACCGGCUCUCUGUCCUGCUCCGGAGAGCUUUGGUGCGCAUCUCCCGGGAGGCUCAGCGGCUGAGUGAGCUGCACAGGCGGUGCACACGGCUGGAAGUGCAGAGCGCAGUGAGGCUGGUGUUGAGUUGGGGUCUCGCAGAGAAGUGCAUCUCAUCUGCUGUGAAGGCGGUGUCCCUGUACUGCAUGAACUCAGGCAACACCGCGCGUCAGCGCGGCAAGUCCUCGCGCUGCGGCCUCACGCUCUCCGUGGGCCGUUUCUUUAGGUGGAUGGUGGAGACGCGGGUGUCGGUUCGUGUGCACGAGUACGCUGCAGUGUGCCUAACAGCCUGUGUCGAAACUUUGGCAGAGGAAGUGGCAGGACGUGGGCUGCAGGCGGCGAGGCUGACCGCGGAAGAGGAGGGAGGACAGAUCGACGGGGUCAUCUGCGGCCCGGUGACCACCGAGCUGCUGGAUGGAGCUGUGAGCAACGACGCAGAGCUGUGGGGGCUGCUGCAGGUCUACGAGCAUCUCAUAUGUGGCAAAAAUGCCAGUGGUGAGCUGUCACUCCUAGCCCACAUCAGCCCAUACACAGAGAGCAGGGAAGAUGCCUACAUCCAGCUGGAGCUGCGGAUGUUGGAGCAGGCGCUCCUUGCCACCUGCGUUGGCAGCAUUGGAGAGCUGAGUACGCCAUUCUUGCUCCUCCCUCCUCUCAUGGAGUGGAUCCGUGUUGCCGUGGUGCACGCUGAACAUCGCCGUAGCCUAUUGGUUGAUAGUGAUGAUGUCAGACAGGCGGCCAGACAGCUUUUGCCAGGACUAGACUGUGAGCCCAGGCAGCUGAGGCCAGAGUGCUGUUUCCAGUUGUUUAAAUGUCUGGAUGCAGAAGCUGCUUCGGAUAAAUUCCAGUUGGAUUUAGGUUUCAGGAUGCUCUCGUGUGGCCGAGCAGACCUGCUCCACCACGCCGCCCGGCUUCUAGGAGCUGAAGGUGUCAACACUAUAGACGAUCAGGGAAUGAGCCCUCUAAUGUACGCCUCAGCAGCAGGAGAUGAGGCACUAGUGCAGACGCUCAUUGAAGCCGGAGCUCACCUGGACAUGCAGGUCCCUGGCAGCUCUGCCAGACAUCCGUCUGUUUACCCAGGCAGUCGGCACUGGGUGGCCUUAACAUUUGCUGUGCUUCACAGUCACCUGUCCGUGGCUCAGCUGCUUUUGGAGGCCGGUGCAGACGUGGAGGGUGGAGCCUUGCUGGACAGUCAGGAGAGCUCAGCUGAGACACCACUACAGCUAGCUGCUGCAGCAGGUUACUACGACAUGGUUAGCCUGCUGCUCGCUCACGGAGCAGACCCUCUGAUCAAAGUGCAUCAUGGGAAUUCACCGCUGUAUGAAGACAUGAACUGCUUUAGCUAUGCAGCAGCACAUGGGCACAGAAACAUCUUCAGGAGGCUUCUGCAGCAGCCACAGCACAGGAAGGAGGACAUCCUCUCUCUGGAAGAGAUCCUGGCUGAAGGAGUGGAGGAUGAGGAGGAAGAGGAACUAAAAUUUUCAACACAGCCUCUAGCUCCUGACUCCCCAAGCAUUGUUCCGAGUUUGUGUAAGAACCGGAUGAAGGCCCUGCAGCAGGCAGCCUACUACAGCGCGGAGCACGGCUACCUGGAUGUCACCAUGGAGCUCAGAGACAUGGGUGUCCCCUGGAGGCUGCACAUCUGGUUAGAGUCUCUGCUCAGAGCCCAACAGCUGUGUAGGGACGAUGUCAUCAUUUCCCUCCUCACAGAGUUCACCUCUAUCAGGACGGAGGACUACAGCCCCGGGCUUCUCUCCACGGGCAUCCCGCUCAUGUUCAGCAUGUUGGAGACCACCAAGGACUACGUGGUAACAAAGCGUCUGGCGACUGUCUUUUCUCUCUGCUACGGCUCGUCUCCCGUUCCUCCGGUCCCACCUUUGGACGUCACUCUGUCCACACAGCUGGAUAUUCAUUUUCUGAACAACAAAGAGAUGUCAGAUGUGACAUUCAUGGUGGACGGGCGCCCAUUCUUUGCACAUCGAGUGCUGCUGAUGUCUGCGUCAGACAGGUUUCGCCAGCUGCUCGCAGAUUCCCCCGAUAACAUCGUCCACAUCAAUCACAUGACCUACGGCAUCUUCCAGAUGAUGAUGAAGUCUCUGUACUGUGGAGGAACUGAGGGGCUGUCUGUGUCUCCCUCUGAAGCCUUGAAGCUGUUGCCAGUGGCCACUUUCUACCAGCUCCGAGGUCUGCAAAGACGCUGUGAAAUGUCACUGUCGCAAAGCCUUACUCUGGACAAUACUGUCAGCAUAUACAAGGCUGCUAAGCACCAUGGAGGAGCUGAACUCUGCAGGUUUUGUGAAGGAUUCUUCCUGCAGAACAUGGAUCAGCUCCUGGACAGGGAGGACUUCCACAGCCUGCUGCUAGGAGGUCUCAGUCAAGAGCUGCUAUACCCAGGCCUGGGCACCCGAUCUGGACUCGACCAAGAUCAGGAUCUACUGGUCCUCCUAAGGGACUUGGAGAAUAAAAAACGACUUAGGAGACAGGGUAAACGGAGCGGUAUCCGUGAACGCAUCAAGGCCUACCUAAAGUCACACGAGGUGAUUAACCACUAUGUUAUCUUGGAUAUUUUACGUUCCUCCCCAUCCUUCCAGGACUGGUCUACCUUUAGGCUGAUUCGCCAUGUCGGCCAGCAUGCUCACUCGGUCUACCUGCUUGGUGUUGGAUGCAGACCUCCAGAGGUGGCGUGA